AUGGCCACUCGCGAUCCCAUAACUUUCACCUCAGAUAAGAGACUACGGAUUGUAGCUGUACUCGGACGCACGGGUGCAGGCAAGACAAGUUUUUACAAUCUAAUGACAGGUGAACGUGAAGCUCUCGGCGAUCACAUCAACAGUAAGACACAAGUGUGUGUACAAAAGAAAAGUUCAGAUAAUCGCUUUCGCUACAUUGAUACUAUCGGCUUCAAAGAUACUCAACGAGAAAACGAAAGUCACUUAAAAAUCGUUGAGUAUUUCACCGCGUUUAAAGACGGUCUUGAUGUCAUCUUCUAUGUCACUUCAUGGCAGUGCUUUACAUCUGACGAUCGAAAUAUUUUCGACGAUACCUUCAGGACAAUUCUCACGUCAAAAGCACUUGCUAAUACGUGCCUUCUUCUCACCAACUGCUCGAAUUUGGAUCUCAAAACGGUCAAUCAACGGGGACAUACGGAGCGCCAGGAACUAGUCAGGAAAUUGCAUACAAAUACUCACUAUGGAUGUGUGCUCAACAAAAUUGAUGAUCGUGUUGUCUUCGUCGAUAUCGAACAGAAUGAAAAUGCAGGAACACGACGAAUCACGUCCAACGAGGUCACGCUCAAUUUCCUCCAUGAUUUUAAAUGUGAGCACUUCAGUAACGAUAACAUUACCGCUGCAGCUCGACUGAUAAAUGAUGUUGAAACCUUCAAAGCCAAAGUGUCUCAACUGACUACGGACAACGAAAAGCUUCGGACCCAGCUUGCAUCUAAGGUGCAAGAGUUUAAAGCUGUUACUGCUGAGUAUUACGAAAUGAAGAACAGUUACAAAAAUGAGAUGAAACAAAACGAAGAGGCUCACAAAACCAACGUUGAGAAUAUGAUAUCAACGCAAAAUGAAUUGAUAAAAGAGAAGGACUUGAUUGAAGAAGAAGUGGCUCUUCUUCAACAGGACUUAGCCAACGGUCCACUCUACAAAGUGUUGAGUUGGGUGCCCGUAAUUAAUAUUGCCACGAAAAUCUGUGAUCUCAUAAUCGAAGACACGAUUUCCGCUCGAUUCGAUAAAAUUCUCAAAAAGAAGAAUAAGAGAGAUUGA